GGAGCAAGCUCAACGUUCAAAAAAUUUAAAAAACGCGUCAACUGUGUCGAGUUUACAAACAUCGGUUCUAACCAGCCGAGAAUCGCGGGUCGAGUUGAAUCGACGCGAAAUCGCGGGAACCCGGCGGGCCCUUGGGGGGUGGCCGCGUGUUUUUGAACUCCAUCGAGGCGGCGGCAGCGGAGGCGGUCGCGAAUUCGCCGCGGACGAGCGAGCGAGCAAGCAACCACGCGGGACAAUAAGUAACAUCGCAAACGCCGCGACAAGCGUGUGUUGACAUCCAGUCCACCACACGAGCGGCGAGACACAGAGGCGGACGCGGCAGUGUUGUUGGAGGGUUUGGGCAAUAUGGCGAUACGAUGCGACGAUAAUCGUAUCGCCCAGUGUUUUCCCCCCCUCCCUCCUUAAAAUUAUCGUAAUAUCGCGAUUAUCGCGGCUGAUUUAAGAUUUUUAUUUUUUAAAUCGCCGUAUCUCGCUGAGCCAGAGGAUGCCGCUAUUUUGCGGAAGCAAUUCUUAAAUGCCGCGUUGGGAGGUCGUUGGACCCACGUGGUUGCCCUGGGAUUCACUGGUGCUUUCACUGGCUGGUGCUGCACCCUGGUUGCUUCAUCCCGGGCUGUGUUGGACUACUGCCCCCCUCUCUUCUAGCUUCCGUGUUUCCCUGCCGCUAAGCCAAAAAAUCCCCACCCCCCCCUUCUACCCUAACAUCGAGUGAUUGACAGCCCAACGUUUACGUGACCCGUCAUCGUUUUCGUCACCAGUAACAAUACACAAAAUGGAGUCGGCAUCAACAGCAGAUGUUGACAUUUUGCUCUUUCCGCCAGAGAAACGAAUAAAAUCAGCUGUCUGGGAAUAUUUUGGCUACCAGAAAGAUGACAAGGGCUGCCUUAUUAAUACUGGAUGGCCAAUUUGCCGAACGUGUUUGGUUGCAGUAUCCAACAAGGCUGGUAACACAUCAAACAUGAUGACUCAUUUGCGUGAAUAUCACCCAGCACUGCAUACAGAAGCAUCAUCAUCUGCUGGUGUUUCCUUUGUUUCACCAAGCUCCACCCCUGCUACUCCUAGAUCCAUUCCACUGUCAUUUGCUGAGACUAUUGAAGGGACAAGGUCUAAGAAGUUGAAUCGUGAAUCAAAAGAGGCCAAAGCUUUGGAUAAGGCUGUGUCCUACUUCCUUGCUAAAGACAUGCAACCUUUUUGCACAGUUGAAAUGCCUGGUUUUAAGCAGCUUGUCUCCAAGCUGAAUCCUAAGUAUGACAUGCCUGGCAGAACCUUUUUCACGACAAAGGCAGUACCAGAACUUUACAAUGAAACAAAGGCCAAGGUCCAGCAGUCAUUGGAUUCUGCCUGCUGGUUCUCUGUCACAACUGACACCUGGGUGGGCUGCACUGGGAAAGGGGAGCCCUACAUGAGUCUGACAGUGCACUACAUCAGGGUAACAGCAGACGGUGAAUGGAAGCUCGAGUCACACUGCUUGGAUACAUGCUACAUACCCGAGGAUUACAGCGGCAUGCAAAUUGCAGAAGCUUUCCAAGAAAUGCUGCAAGAGUGGAGGCUAAAUGUCCUCAAACUGAGCAGCGUCAUCACAGAAAGUGCUACCAGCAUGAAAAAGGCAUUCAGUGAGCGGAUGAAAUUGCAGUGGUUGGGCUGCUUUGGCCAAAACCUAAACUUGGCCGUUCACAAGUCUCUGAAGAUCGAGAUUGUGGAGUCGGCAGUGAACUUAUGUCGUAACGUGGUAAGUGCCUUCAAUAGGAGCUGGAAGAAGAAGAGGGAAUUGACGACGAAACAAGCUGAGCUGGGAAUGGAGCAGCAAACCCUUAUUCAAGACACAACAACCAGGUGGGGGGGCAUAUACGAAAUGGUGGCCCGACUUCUGGAACAGCGGCAACCUGUGCGCGCUGUGUUGUCAGCAGACCAAGGAAACUUGCAUCUUAAUCCAAUGGAUACUGACAUUGCAAUACUUGAAGACCUGGCAGCGGUGCUCGGCCCACUGCACGAGUUCACAGACUCAUUGGCCUCUGAAAAAUAUGUCACUGUUUCUGCCUUGCGACCAGUAUUACACCACAUCCUGAAUGACAUAUUGGGGGAAAAGUACGGUGACACCAGCUUGGCGAGAGACUUAAAGACGUGCAUCGCUGGUGAACUCAAGUCUUGCUAUGCCAGUGACAACGUUGUUAAGAUUCUCGAUGUGUGCUCAUUUCUAGAUCCUCGAUUCAAGAGUGACUUUGUAACAGAUUUACCAUCUGUCACCGUGGAUUUGAUGGAAUGCAUCAGCGCAGUGGAAGAAAACAUUUUCACAACACAAAGUGCUGCCACGUCUACAAAACUAGAAUCCGGUGCCAGCUCAGCAGGAGCUUCUGCUAAUGUGACUACCUCUACUGUGAAAGAAGAAGUGCCUGGCGCAACCGGAGCCAAAACUAACAAACUUGGGGCAAUACUGAAAAAGAUUACGGCCGCCAACCAACUUCAUAAAGAAGGCACUGACGCUGAUGACGGUGCUUCAUUAGCAAGCAGAGUGAGGAAAGAGAUCCACCACUACAUUUCUGAGCCUCUAUAUAAUGCUGAAAGUGACCCUCUGCGUUGGUGGUCCGUUCGUUGUAUUGACUUUCCCUUGCUGUCAAAGGCAGCUGAGAAGUAUCUGUGCAUCCCUGCCACCAGCGUACCAUCUGAGCAAGCAUUCAGCACACCGGGACAAAUUGUCACACCGUUUAAAUCGCAGCUGUCUCAUGAACACUUAAACAUGCUUCUUUUCUUGCAUCACAACUUAAAGUAAGCCUUGACUAUUGUAGUAACGCAUGUUCUGGAUAAAGUACUCUGGAAAAUAGAUGCACCACAUACUUAUAUAGGAGCGAACACGUGGGAGUGGUGGUUAGCACACAGCGUUCACUGAUACCAUAAACUCGCACCCCAAACUUGCACCCGGUGUCAAUAAAGUUAUACAUCUGGUAACAUCUACCGAAUUAUAAGAUGCAAUGCCCAACUUUUGCUUUAAAAUAAGGAGGAGAAAAUGAUAGGGAAUAUGGUAGUUUUCAUUUUGUGUAACUGACAGCAUGUCUAAACAAAGCAUUUUGGAUUGUAAAGUUUUAAUGAUUCUAAGACUUAACGCAGGUUUUUUUGUUGUUAAACAACA